AAAUUCAUGCUGAGUUAUACCAUUUAAUUUUUGUUUGAUAUCAAAGUAUUUUUUCAUUUUAAUAGGAUUAACCCAUUCAUCUGUCCUGAACAAUUGAUACCUAACCAUUAACUAAUUAAUUUUAUACUUAAUGUAUUCACCCAAAAUAUUUUCUCAUUGGCUAGACUAUGUAUUCCCAUUUUUUCACAAGUUCAUAAAUGAUGAUGUCUCUGAUUUGUUUCUUAUAAUUCUCAACACAUAGGUUCUGCUUUAAGAACGCUUGCUGCAUUUUGAAUGAGCGUUGUGCUGCAAACCCUAUUUCGAAAAUGUUGUGCACAGAAUCAGGAAUGUUGUUCAGUUGACUGCUGGAUCAUGCAGGCAACGGCCGCAGGCACUCAGUAGAGCGGGAGGGGCAGCUCUGUGGGGUACAAGGAGUUGGCAGACACGGUGCUUUGUCCUUCUUCACUCUCACACUGAUGAGGAUGUAUUGGAAUACGGGCAACAGUUGGAAUGACUUUAGCCUGGGCUUUAUGUAUCGCCAUUGAUUUAGAUGGAUUCCACAAGCUAUUAGUCAGUUUAGAUCGGAGAGGGGCACCCAAGUUUUCUCAAGUGACCGGCUGCUAAUUGAAUCGAUCAUAAUUUCUGGAAGAGAGAUUCCUCUUUUAUCAGCAAGUAGAGUGAGAACUGCAGUCAGGCCAACUCGCUUGCCGAGGAUUAUGCAGAAUUGUCGGUGUGUUCAUUGAGCUGCUGGAGGCAGAAGUAUGGGAAUGGUGCAACCCGGACAGUCUGUCAAAUUCUGCUCGGUCUCUAACACGAGGAGAAACCCUAGCACUGCACGUCGCGGUACGACAGUGUAAGAUUGGUCAUCGCUAAGGUUUCUCACAGGCAGAGUUUAAGCAGUACGAAACUGUGCCAUGAAGACUGAGAUGUGCAGAGGUAUUAGACCACCAUCUCCUCCCUGCAGACGGAAGCCGCGUUUCUGUCUACGAGGCAGAAUGAAGAAGGACAGGAUGAUUCAAGGCAAGCUUCGCAUCCGUUCUAUGCCCGGAGCAUUCCUGGUUCUCGGGGUUAUUGUGGUAGCUGUUGGCACUGCUCUGGCUGUAGCUGGUUACUGGCCCUAUCGGUUGUCAAGGUCAUCCAUAAUAGAAGAUACAGAACCGGAAAGCAUUUCGGAUCCACAGCCAUCCAGUUGGAGCCUGAGUACCAAGGGGCUCUUUUCUUCAGCCAGUCUCCUCCAUGGUGACCGCAUGAAGCUCCUGGGGCCAGUAAUCAUGGGAGUCGGACUAUUCAUCCUGAUAUGUGCAAACACUGUCCUAUAUGAAAAUAGAGAUAGAGAGACUCAGAUGCUGCUAGCUCAGAUGCGCAAUGUUAUCUGUUCUGUAUCAGCAGCUGUGCCCUCUGCAGGUCUCAGAGACUUGGCAGUAGCCAACUCUAUGACCAAACACUAUCAGUGGGUAAGCACUCUGCCUGCUGCUCAUCUCAAUAUCAUGUGUCUGCAGCAGCUGGCAUGUUCUGAGCCCCUACUGCAGACCACCUACAUCAGGGAUUCGCAUCCGGAGGAGGGAAAUGUGGAAGGCAUCUACCAGCAAACAGACCUGAAGACAGAAGCUCUGACUCAUCACAAAGAGUCAGAGCCUGUACCCUCACCCCCUUCAACCUUGUGUAAGUCAUGUGAUCACUGCCAGGUAAACAGUAAUUCGCAGACAGGGGAAGAACUGUGGAGCAAACACUGUUUCAAUUUACAGACUGCCCCACUCCUCAAGCUUAAUUUCUGCCUUGUAUCUGCAAGCUCCAUGUCCAACCUUAAGCUGGAAGAAGUGGAUGUUCCAGCUGCCCAACACAGACGUUGUCAGAGUAUGAGCUACAGGACUAAGCCUUACAAAGCCCAAAUUGGGCUGCACUUCGAGAAGGAACUCUUCCCAUGCAAAAAGAACAUUCAGACAAAUCAGCUCCAAAUCAAUAAAAAAGAAAUAAGUUCCCAGGGUUGUGUGAGGAUCCCUGUAGAGACGACAGAUGCAGAAGAGGACCAAACCGGUGGAAGCUGGCCUCGACUAGAACUGGGAAGUGGGAGACGAUACCUGAAACUGGAGAACAAAGAGGACUCUGUGGACAAAUUCCUGAACCAGUUGGAGCAUCAGUGUUCCUACUGGGAUAAGAGUUUUGGCUCUGGGCCAUUCCAGUGACAGAUGUUGGAUUAAAAAAAACUUGAAAAAUAAUAAAAUAAAAUAUUUUUCUAUUUUUAGUCUUAAAUUAUUUGGGAUUAGAUAAAUGAUGUCAUACAAUAUAGACUAAAUUAUUUACCAGCAGAAUUAUCAAAAAUUACUUUGUUGUGGGUGAAGUGUUGAAGAGCAACUAUGACUUUUUAAUUUGGAUAGAAGUAAUUGAAGCUUUACAUCUUUAAAGAAGAGGAGCAUCACAAACUGCCUGCUGAAGAAAAGUGGAGAUAUUGCUUGCCUUUUCAAUUUGGUUUGGCAGUAAAACAAGAAACUACCAUUUCUUGCCAAAUGAAUGGGCUUGUUUCCCAUACAAAAAUUGUGCACUGGUAGUAAAGACACGCAGUAGUGUUACUUCUCUAUAAACAUUUCUGAACCAAUUUAUCAGGGCUUAUGAGGCCAUAAAGUGCUGACAGCUCUCAAAAAAUGGAACUACUAUAUAAGAUGGGACAUCUUUUCUUAUGUUUCUAAUGACAAAUGCAAUGCAUGUUACAAUAGACCACAUAUGCAAACUAAAUGUCAAUGAAAUGUUCUGCUAUUUGUCCAAAAUAAUUGUAACUUUUUCUACAACUUGGAUCUUAUUUUCUUGUUUGGCAAAUAUUUAUAUCAGUUCUGAUUACAUUAUUUUGUCUUUUUGUCCUCCCUUAUUGCCAGUUCACAUGGCAUGCUGUACUAAUAACUUGUGACAUCAAUGUUUUGACUUAACUUUGAGCUACUCCUCCAAGUAUGCACUCAUAAUGUAGUUUUCUCGUAACUUGCACUUUGUGAAACUUAUAAUUUUCAACACAUCCAGUAAACGGUGGGAUCUAAGUUCUAUAAAGCAUCUUCUUGAUGUUUAUGGAUAUGAUAAAUUGAAAUGUCUAUACCAUAAAGAAGACUUGGCUUCUUCAGGCAUGUUGGUGCUUCAGUAUUUUACACUUAAUUUAAGACUAAGUUUUGAGCAAGCGUUUUUACUAUUUUUCAUAACUGAAACUAACCAUCAAUGACAUCCUGGACCUCCAGAGCCACCCAAGCCAAACUUUCACCACGUCGCCAGUCGGGGUAGGCUGGUGAACUUCCUGCAUCACCCAGGUUGGUUUCCCUAUUGCACAUCAUGGGCACACCACCAGGAUCACCACUGGCCUUGACCUACAACUUCUCUCAGUCAGAUUGCGACACAACGUGCAUCAUUAGGGUACCCGUCCAAUAUUCAGGUGACCUGGACAUCCAAUACAUUCGCCGCAACUGAAUUGAUGGAAUGAGUCUUUCAUGCCUCAGCACGCCCAAUCCGCCAUUGCGGGUAUGUGAAUACAGCAGUCCAUGUAUUGGGAUCAUGUGGAUAGGAGUUCCACCAAUCUCCCAGGCAUCACAGCCAUUUUACACACCCUUAUCUAUGUAGAACCUGUGGCACUUCCUGGACUGAACCCACAGCAAGACUGUGUUUAUUUUUUCUGACCCAUGACAUCCACUAUAAUAAUGAAUAAUAAAGAAAAGUUAGUGUCUUCCACAAACUUGAAGUGAAUGCGAUAAAAUCGCACUUCACUUCAAUUUUAUCGCAUUGAAGUGAAUGCAAUUUUACUGAAGUGAAUUUUAUCGCAUUCACUUCAAUGCGAUCACGCCAUACAUGACGGAAUGGUUGCUAACUGGUUGAAGGCAGCAAUGCAACCUGUGCUGCUAAUUAACACAAAAUCAAUCAAUUCCAUGUCAAACAUACCUCACCAAUUUGUGGCGUCUACUUAAGCUGUCAACUUCGUGCAUCGAUCAAUAAGUCGUACUGCCUGUUUAUUUGCUGCUUUUCAGCCCCGGCGUCUUCCCAGCAUCACCCCAUAGCUUCCAAGGUCAUGUAUAUAACAAUAUGACUCUCAUUUAAGGGAAUGAUAACUGGCUAUCAUUCCCUUUAAGUGCUGACCUGUUGAACAACAGUGAUGUUGUAGCUUAGUGAUGAGGUUGGAAUGUAGAUGGCAAGCCCAACUUUUUUCAAUAUUUUAUAAUAAAGGUGGACAUAUUUAAACAUGUCCACGUGAGUUGGCUGAAAUAUGGAUUUGAAAAUUGUACAGUUAGCUGAAACAGUGGCUCUUAAAGUGAUCCAUGAUUAGUUGUAACGAUAGACUUUUAUUGACAAAUAUUUAUUUUACAUGUAAAAACAAUACACUAAUAAUACUGCAGGUUGAAUAGUUUUUAUAAAUUUUAAUCAAAUAUUGUCACACGUACAUCACCAUGUUGUUCACGCUGCUAUACAUUCUGGGUAAAUGAAGUCUACUUGGUGUACAACUUGGUGUAGCUCUGUCCAACCAAAACAGUGAUGAGUAAUGUCAUUAAGUCUUUUCACAUUGAACUGAAGUGGAUUGAAAUCAGUGGGACUGUAGAGAUGAAGGUGAGGAGGAGGAAGAGGAAAGAGUUGGUGUUUUGCUGCUGCUGCCACCUUCAGCUUUAUAAUUGAAACACUGAACAACACUUACCUCUGGUUGUAACUUUGUGAUCCAGUAAGUAGUUUUAUAAUUCUGUAUCCGAUCUUUGGUCUAGUGUCAGAAUGUGGUUUCACAUUCAGUACUGGCAGCAGUAGCAAUAGCUCCGUUAUCAUCUAAAGGAGCUCCCUAAAAGAGACCUCUUGUCUCUGAUGUUUCUCCCAGUGUCUGUAGUUCUAUGUCCGGACUCUAAACAGCUGAUUAGGAUCCGGUCUUAAGUCCGGUGUCAGUCCAUGGUUUCACAUUCAGUACCCGCAGCAGUAUCCGUAGCAUUUCAAAUAGGUUCCAGAGCUGCACAUCUGAUGUUUCUCCCAUUGUCUUUAGCUCACUAGCUUGUGGCAGCAGGGUUUAGGCGCUUUUUUAAUAAAAAAUGUCGGCAUGGCAUUUGUUUUUAGCUUGCGACGGUAACGACCACCUGUUAGAGCCUGUGCCAGUUUUGCUCGUACAAAUGACUUAGUCUUCUGGAGAGAAAUGCACUUAGGUCCUUUGGAAAUUGUGUCUGAUAUCACAAACAGCAAUUUUGUAUUUAAUAAGAAAAUUACAAUAUAUUUAGACGAAUAUGUUUGACUAAUCAUGGAUCCCUUUAAGAAUGUUUUUCUCAUGUUAUUUAUCUUAAGCCAUUCAAUUAAAAAACAAACAAAUCUGUUUGGAGGGAAAGCUGAAAUAAUGAAAAAGUGCAAUAGCCUAGUUGCUUAGGGAUCCACAGGCUUAAAAUAACACACUGUUGAAGCAGAAACUAUUUAAACAAAUUUUAACGUGUAGACUUUGAGUGCCACUUUACAAAACAUGCUUCUCUUUUGUUUCAUUUUUACUUCAGUGAAGCUACACAACUCUCCUGACCAAACAUACUUCACUAAAGGUGUUUUCAGUGAAUGAAUGGUAUAUUUUUACCUCUGUUAAUGCUCACAUUUUUACGUCCUGUAUAAACGUGAAAAAGUUCUGUUUUGAUUUUUUUUAAAAGUAACUUGACAUAAUUUACUUUUACUAUUUGGUCACUGGAAGGGACAAUUGCUUUCUAUAUGUCUUUCAAAGACAGUUGUUCUAAAGGUUUGAUCUAGAGCAUAUGUGUCAAACUCAAGGCCCAGGGGACAAAUCCUGUUCGCCUUAGCUUUUCAUGUGGCCCUUUAGAUUCCAAAUUACAUCAAUAAGUCCUUCCAGAUUUUAACAAAUCUCUCAAAAUUCUCACAAAAUCAACAGAUUCUCCACAUUUUGUUCAGAUUUUACAGUAAAUUUCCUCAAAAUUGGCAUUCAAGUGACAGCUGCCUCAGCCUUACUUGAUGUCACGUUAUAGUGUGUAACUGAUGCAGCGAGUAACAAAAAGUCACUUUUAAUACAUAAGAGCAAAUAUCAUAAAAAUUCCUUACAAAUGUUUCUAAAUUGGCACCACAACAUCUGUAAUGUGAUUGCAAAAAAAAAGAAAACCCACUAAGACAAAAAACAACAAUCACAAAAUCUUGGAGGAACAUCUAUUUAUUGACAAUUUAACAGUUUAUUUAGUUUUAUCAAUACAUUCUGGCACAACCGGCCCUUUAAGAACAUUCAGAUUUAUGAUGUGGUCCAAAAUGAAAAUAAGUUUGACAGCCCUGAUCUAGAGGUUUUGUGGAUGCUAUCUGACCUCCAGCUUUAACGUUUACUGUUAAAGUUGGAAACUGGAUGGAAAUGAGUAACAGUGUUAAGCAUUUAUAUAUCCUUUGAUUAAAUAACAUGGUGCCUCAUCCUGUGAUUAACGUUGUUGUUAAGGUCCAAAGUUUUUAAAAAAGACCCAAGUCAUACAAAGACGACCAUUUUUGUGCCAUCAGUAUUUUCUUAUUAUUAAUAUUAAUGGUUUUUAAUUGAUUCUGAGUGUGUCUGUGUUUAUGUGGUCACCACAUUCACAAACAUCCUUUACUUUCUCAGCCCUUGAUCUCAUCCUCUGAUUUCAAAGGAAGAUUGGUUCACAAGUCCACCUGGAUCUUGUGUAAUUCUUAGUGUCUGGGUGAGUUCCAGCAUUCUGCCUUUCAUGUUUUAGUGUUUGUGCUGUCUGUUGUGUUAUAUCAAACUCUUAAAUGUAUACCAAGCAAUACGAUCAAUCUGACAGAACAGUAAAUAGUAGUGUCUUGUCCUGUGUAUGUAGUAGGUUUAAAUGUAAUGGUUAUGCCUGUGUUGCUAAUAUUAAACAUUCAGUUAGUAGGAGAUAAAAAAAAUAUUAUAGCACUCUCCCUGUCAAGACAGAUAUCAGCUUAAAUUAGAGCUGUGCUGUUGAUGUCUCAAUUAAAACUGUCCAAAAACUGUC